AUGCGCCUCCUCGAUCCAUCGUCAUCGCUGGUGGGAGUAGCAGCGCUCCUCUUUUUAUCUUCGCUACCCAACGGUCCCCGCGGUGCAGAAGCAGCAAAGUCUGGCAAAGCUAAGGAUGCGGUUUUGCUUUCUAAUAUCCGCUCCCUAACCCUCCUUCCCAACUCCAAAACCACCGGCCGCCGCCUCCCCCCCAUCCCCCAGUUAACAUGCACCUCCUCCCGCACCCUCUGCGCCCUCGCCUCCCCGCACAUCUCCCUGAUGCGCUGCACCAACCAAGGACCCCGCUACGACAAAGAAGACAUCCAAUGGUCUUGCACCGUUCCUUCGCUACCUACCACUUUACAAUUGGGGUCCACGGACGUGAUUUGCGAAGGGUACGAUGGACCAGACGACAACUAUGUACUAAAGGGGAGUUGUGGGGUUGAGUAUACCCUUGCGUUGACGGAGGAGGGGAGGAGGAAGUAUGGACAUGGACAUGGCGGAUGGGGUGGGGGAGACCAGGACGGAGAAGAAGGGGAAAAUAAGUGGGCGGGGUAUUUGUUUGGGGUGUUGUUUGUGGGUGUGUUGGGGUGGAUCGUGUAUAGUGCUUGUGUGCAGGCUGGGGUGAAUCGAGGGGUUCCUGGGGCGGAGGGACAGAGGAGAGGUUGGGGAGGAGGAGGAGGAGGACCUGGGGGAGGAGGUGGAGGAGGGGAUUGGAAUGAUCCGCCGCCACCGUAUCCUGGAUAUGGCAACAAGCCGAGUGGAAGCCAGCAGCAAUCGGGACAGCAACAGCAGCAGCAAGGAUGGAGACCGGGGUUCUGGUCGGGACUAGCGGGUGGUGCGGCGGCUGGGUAUCUAGCUGGACAGAGGGGGAGGGGGAGAGAAGAGUAUGAUCAUCGCAAUAGGGGGUAUAACUACGGAAGCACAUGGGGUUCGUCGUCGGGGUCGAGGAACAGGAGUUGGGGAUCGUCUUCGUCACGGAGCUAUUCGGGUGGCGAUAACGGUGGCAGUUCGGGGACGACGACCCAUGAAAGCACCGGGUUUGGAUCGACGAGUCGCCGCUAA